CGCAUGCUGGGAUGCAGAGACGUGACAUGAAAUCACACUGAUGUGUCUGAAGUAAAUAAUUGGAGACAUCGUUUAAUUACAGAGGAUUCAGAGCAGAAUAUUUCAACCUUCACGUUUCUUUUGGAUGCAAUGUCAUAUCUGAACCCACGGGGGAGAGAGCUCGAGCGUUUCGAUGGACUUUCGCUCAUUUACUGGACACUGAUGGGUCCUUAUGGAGUAGAUCGAGCAGUGCAUUCCAUAGAAUUUACAGAUUGUGAGAAUGGAUUAGGUAUCAAAGUGAUUGGAGGUGUGAAAGAACUAACAGGAGAAGAAUAUGGAGUUUAUGUGAAAAGGAUUUUACCUGGUGGCCUUGCUUCCAACGAUGGAAAUUUGCAACCUGGAGACCAAAUCUUAGAAGUAAAUGGUGAAAGCUUGAUUGGCGUCACAAGUGAAAGAGCGGUGGAUAUUCUCAGAGCAGCUUCUUCAACCAAUCACAUGCGCCUUCUGAUAGCCAGAGAUGAGGAAGCCAGGCGGGAAUUUUCAGAGCUUCUUGAAAAAUACGGAUCAACCGGCAGCACAGGAUCUACAAGGAAUUCACCUAUUCAGCACGCAGGCAGAUACUUGGACAGCACAUCAUCAGGGUCCUCGUCCAGAUCUCAGAGUCCGCUAUUGCUCAGUCCUGCUGGCUCGCACAGUAAUUAUAACAGUACGGGACCCCUGCUACGCACCCUAAGUCAUCCAGGUGAAGGGGUGAUUCAACUCAUAUCAGUUGCUCGCACCUGCAGUCUUGGGAUUACUAUCGGUGGCGGUUCUAACAGGCCCGACGGCCCUGCGGUCUUCAUUCAAGAAGUGCUGUCUGGAGGAGAUUGCCAUCGGGAUGGACGGCUCAGACCUGGAGAUCAGCUUAUCGCUAUCAACAAGGAGUCAUUGAUAGGGGUCACAUAUGAAGAGGCGAAGAGUCUCCUCAAUAAAGUCAAAUUUAGUCAGGAACAAGUGGUGGAUAUUGCCUUCAUUCCAGGAAAAGGAACGUUCUCCACCAGCGCAUCCUUACAUAACGGAGUUCAGAGGAGUGUUGGUAACGGAUACAACUCCAGCCGGUUAAAGGUUCACGUCCCAUUUCCUGAGAUGCAACGAGAGGAAACGGCUCAAGUGCUUUCAUCAUCUCCAGAAAUCUGCUCUCCAGACAUACAUGUUUCAGCGUCCACUGCAGUGAGACCAACCUCUGUUUCCAAACCCAAGAUCUCUCUGGAUCCCCACAUACGGCUUAAAUCAGAGAAAGUUGAUCUGGCUCUGUCUUAUCUGGGUCUAGAUGUUACUGAAGAGAAGGGACGACAGUUGAGAGAGAGUUUGACUACAGACCCUCAGGGGACAGUCUCAUAUGGAGACUUUGUGGAAGCCACCCGCAAUGUUUACCAAGAGAAGCUGGAGGAGGCGGGACUCGGACAAGGACCCUUCAUGUUCUCCUAUCAAGAAGCAGCUAGUUUGAUGGACACCUCUGCCUUUCACUCCCCAACCUAUGAGUCCGAGUGCAGCUACAGCAGUGAAGAGCUGGAGGAGUUUCAGACUGAAGUCAAACAACUUCAGAUGCAAAUGAAGCAGCUCAAGGUGUUAUUAAAAGACACAGAAGACAGUAAGAAGACUUUGGAGGAGGAACUGCAGAAGACGGCUGAGAAGGCCACGGCCACGGUAGAGGAGAACAAGUCUUUGAAGAGUAAGCUGCAGGUAGCCGAGGCCGUUCAGAGACAGACUAACAGUGCUGAACAGGACUACGAGGAAGUCAUUCAGCUUCUGGAAGCUGAAAUCAAAGAUCUAAAGAAUCAGCUGGCCGGAAAGAAACAAAGGAGUCUUGGCGCUACCAAAGAGGAUGUGAUGGAUCUGAACAGGAGGCUUGCCAUCAUUGACAGCCAACUGAGAAAAUCUGAACUGACCAGGAAACACCUGGAGAUAUCCAACAAGAAGCUCCUUGGGUUUGCCCAGAAUGUCCACAAAGUUCUCAGCAACACCAACUUGUUCGGGAUAGAAAAUGGGAGCACAAGAGCAUCUCCGGCAAAUGACACCCCAGACACGCCCUCCCCCAUCCCUGACCCCGCCUGCCAGCUCGCAGCAAAGGCCAAAGAGCUUGUGGAUGGUGUUUGCUCACUUUGCACCGAGGAUCACACAUCACCGCAGUAUUCGGAGGAAAGCGGCUUGAACUCUGGAGAGGACUGGGAUUCAGAUGUCAUUCACUGGCCGCAGGCUCCCCUCCUCUGAGCUCCUGCACUAGUGGGACAGUAGACGAUUUUGGGAUGAACAAAGACUUCAACAAGAAGAACAUCGAGGCCGAACUGAACCAAAACUGGAGAAUAAGAGACUGAAGAUUUCUGGUGUUUUUUAUGCGUUUACUGUUUAUUUCAAAUGAUAGCAGAGAACUGAGAAGACAUCUCUACUAGUCAAAGCAUCUGUUCAUGUACACAUUCAACCUCUAGCAUUAUUCAGUGUUAGAAAUUAAUGGAAAGUUUCAUCAGUUUAAACAAAUGACAACAUUAACAGAGACUUUAUUCUAAAUACAGGUCAAGUCAUCAAAUUGUGCCAUGUGCAACAUUUAACUUAACUUAGAAACCGUAAACCACAAUUAUGGUGAUGAUGGGCGUGUAAUAUUCAACAAGAGAAAUAAACAUCAAGUCGUAAUUCAAGUACAUUUCCCUAUUAAGUGAAUAUAAUGUAAACACGUUGCUGUAAAGCUGACCUCUCUAUUAGGGGGUUAAGUGUACAUGUGUUACAUUUUAGUUAGGGAACAUCAUCAUUUGAAAUGAUGCUUAUUUGUAUCUGUUCUAAGAAGUGCUAUAAUGCUUGAAAGAUUUUAUAUUUUGAGUCCAAAUCUUUUAUUAUUCAGAAACACAUAGACAUGCUCACAUAUAUGUGCGCAGUUGCUGUUGUAAACCUUGUAAAUACUGCAGCCAAACCCUUCGAUGUCUCUUUACAUCUUCACUAAUGAUGUCAUUUUUUUUCACGUUUGCAGUGCAGUUUAGUCUGAUUUUAGGGGAGAUCCUUCAUGGUUUGAUUCUACUAUUGGCUCUGGCAUUUGUGAUUGUACCGAUUGUUCUUGAAGGAUUUCGGUUGCCAUGGCACCAUGAAGCAAUGGAGGUCAUAUUGCAAUGCUUCACCCCUGAAUGGAUCCAUUCAUCUAAACAAUGAAGAGAGUUCAGAUUACCAUCCUCAUAACCACGCUGUAUUUGAAUGUUUUUGUCUUGGAAUAUCUGCAGUCAUAUAUAUCAACGUGUAAUAAAGUGGUAUUACUCAUCAUUUCCUGAUGACUUAGAUGGAAUUUCAUGUUAACAUUAACCGGUUUGAUUUGUAAAUACACAUGCUCAGAAAGUGCUGAUUUAGUAAUGUGAUUUAACUAGAGUGCAUCAUAUGUGUGGCCUAAAUAUCUUUCUUUUAUUGUUUUUAUUAAAGUCAG